UUGUUGUUGUUUCUGUACCUGUAAAAUCAAACGCAGUCAUUCCAUCUUGCACUUUUGAUUUUAUUUUCCAGUAUCCAGUCAUGAUUUGUCUGCAGUAAUCCGCCAAAUUUAUCUAUGUGUUAUGUUGUAAAAAAAGAAAUUGUCAAUUUUAUAUGAUCCGUACAUCUGGUUUAUUUUAUGCUGUAUAUCCUUUGAAAGAUCAUCAUGAGCAAUGUAUCCUCACCGAGUAGCACUGAUGGGUAUUCUGUUUCAUAUGAAAAGCAGAAGAGAAUAUUCAAGAUAAUUGUUAUUGGUGAUUCCAAUGUUGGAAAAACUUGCUUAACAUACAGGUUCUGUGGUGGAAAGUUUCCUUUGCGAACAGAAGCUACUAUUGGAGUUGAUUUUCGAGAAAGACAAGUUAUUGUUGAUGAUGAACCAAUAAAGCUGCAACUCUGGGACACUGCUGGUCAGGAACGCUUUCGAAAAAGCAUGAUUCCCCAUUACUAUCGAAAUGUACAUGCCGUAGUUUUUGUCUAUGAUGUAACGAAAAUGGUUUCUUUCCAAAAUCUCUCUCACUGGAUUGGUGAAUUCAAUAUGUAUCAAGGUCAGUGUGCAGAUAUUCCAAAAAUAUUAGUUGGGAAUAAAUGUGACUGCAAAUCUACUAUAGCUGUAAGUACUAAUAUGGCACAGAAGUUUGCAGAUAGUCAUGACAUGCCGUUGUUUGAAACUUCUGCUACCGAUGAUAAUGAAGCAGAUCACGUUGAUGCUAUUUUCAUGACUUUAGCUCAUAAACUGAAAAAUCACAAACCAAUGAUGACACCUAGUUCAUCAAGAAGUUUUAGCAGUAGGAAUUCAAGACCAGCUCUGCAAUUAGAUUACAAAAAAUAUGGAGAAAGUGAAUCUGAUUCCAACAAAUUUGGCUGUUGCUAGUUGCUUUGUGAAGAAAUGAUUCUUCACACCUAAAACUUUUAUAUUAUAUUAAUACUCAAAUUUUAAAUUUUGAUAUCCUGUUAGCAGCUGUUUACAUGACAUUCUUUUGUUAUUGUAGAUCUUGUAUGUAAUGUAAUAUAAUAAUGAAUUCCAUGUUUUGUGGUUGUGUGAUGUAUAAAGGCUUCUGUCAUUGAUGUUAUCUUAGAAUAAAUUAUUUGUAUCUGUAAAGUUUGAUUUCUGUCAAUUCAAUGAGCUGCUUAUUUAUUUCUUUUUUAAUGUUACAUGUAACUUGCAGACAAUGUCUUAUAGCUAAUGCAAAAAUGUAAAUCUUACGGAUUGCUCCGAAAUUAUGCAGUCUGAAACCAUAAACCCAAUGUAUAAAAUUGUUGUAAUUUAUAGAUUGCUGUGCAGUAUAUAUUAAAAACUUUUU